AUGCCUGUUUCCUUUAUAAGAAAUAAAAAAAUAAAAGAAGAGUAUAAAUCACUUUUACGUCAAGGAAGUAUGAUACCCAUAGCACCUAUAGCAAGACGUCGAUUACCUACAACAACACCACGUCAAACAGCAACGCCACAAACACCUCAGAGACCUCUCAAACGCCCCAGAGAUUAUCUUAACAGACCGUAA